AUGACUGGUCCUAUUUGAGUUGCAAAGACAAAAACUGUUGUCGAAAGAUAGUGCAAGCGGGCAAUGUUUUUCGGUGUCUUCAAUGCCAAAAUACUAUGUCCACCGGGAAGUACAGGUACAAAGUUACAGUGACUAUGAAAGACCCCUCAGGCACUGCAACAUUUGUUCUUUGGGACAAGGAGUGCAAGGAGAUAAUGGGUAUGUCCGCCACAAAAAUGAGAGAGAUUAUGAUCAAGCGAACCAAGGAUGACCGCAAGUUUCCGAAAGAACUUAAGCAAGAAUUACUUUCAAAGACCGGGCUGUUUGAAACUGUUUUGAGAAACGCCUCCCUCUACACUAAGUACCAAGGACCAAGGAGCUUUGGUGUGUUGACAAUGAUUACGGACCCGAAGACAAUUGCCAAGUACAAAUCCCCUGCAGCAGUUAAAGAUGAGAUGGAUGGAUGGAAUGGUUUUGAUUUUUCAGAAUUCAACAGAGAACAGGCCAAAUUAAUUACAUAAUAUAGAGGAUAAUGAUAAAAGGGGAGCUAUGAAUGACUAUUUAAACUCUAUAUCAGAUUGCCUCAAAUGAAGAAGGCACAAGGCAAAUGAAUAAAGGCAAGGCAAAAGUUGUGGAAUGAAGUCUAGAAGAUGAAGAAUUUGGUAAGCUCCUCAAGGAUCAGAGCUCAACAACCAAACCCAGAAAGAAACCAAGAAAUGGGAUUGUUAUCG